UGCAGCGGUGAUCUCCUCUCCCGCACGCACUCACAACAUGAUACUUGUAGUCUGGCAUUCUCAGCUACGACUGCGAUCUGUGACGUCGGACGACCGUUUGCAAAGCACUCGCAACUUGCUCGGCCUCGGCUCGUGACGUAAGUUCAGCAGAGCUCGAGCAGAUUGGGAGCAUCUAGCGCAAUGUUAGCAUUAGCAGUCAGGCAAGAGCUAUACAGCAGAGGGUAGCGUUGGCGACUUCGGCUGAAGGAGUACGUCACUUUGGCCAUCAAGCCUUGGCAUGUGCACUGGGAAUACAUGCAGUACGAUCCGGAUGAUCUCAUGAACAUGGAAAUAUCAGAACAAUCUAGCCAGACUUGGCCACGUGCGACGAGCGGUUCGAUAUUGCCACCGGUACGCGCUCUCGACGAAUCAACCCAGCGCCGCCAACAACCUUCUGGGAGCGCUGUUGCUUGCAUCACAGAUCGAAGACAGACUUGUAUAGCGACAUCGCCUGAGAUCAGCAUCAUGACCUGGACGCUGCCACAAUCCCCCUCGGUAGUUGAUCAAUCGCUGUCGUUCUCAUCAGCGAGCACGACCCUGGACACCUCGACGAGUCUAAGCAAGCACGACCCUGGACACCUCGACGAGUCUAAGCAAGCCUAUUGGACAUGUUCCUUUGAGGCCCUUAGUGUGGGGCAGAGCAAGUCGCACCUCGAUCUCUACUACGAUCGUAUGGUCCAGGCAGCUCAGGAGAAUCUCGACAACCACUUGCGCAAGGCCAACAGGGUCGACAAGCAGCUCGAACACUUCAAGGGCGCCGUUCAGAAGAUCGAAGAGAUCUACGACGAGGCAGCUCUGCAGGUCAAGAUCCGUGAAAUCACUGUGACUGCUAUCAAAGCAGCUCGUCCCGUUGCCCCAGAGGUUCACAAGGACGACUACCUCAAGGUUCUCAUGGGCGACUGUCCUUCCAUCUCGCCCAUCUCAGCCGGCAUAAAGCGUCCCCUUGGCGACCUGGACGACACAGGCUAUGACGACAUUUCCGAAAUGUACAGUCCGCCCAAGCGUUUUGGCUUCGGCGGCGGAAUCCUCUCACGUACGAUGCAGGUCACUCCGCCAGCACAUGGCUUCUCGGCUCAUUACCUCGGUCCGCAGAUGACGCCGGAAGAGUAGCAGCUGCAGCAGCACUACCACUUGCCUCGUCACUGUGGCAAGCCAACGCAAGUGCUCUCAAUGAUCUAGCGAGGGCGUCAUCCUUGCUCGAAUGCGCUCAGCCAAGGGCCCACAACAAGCUGAGCGAGUCAAAGCCUUUGUUCGGAGAGGGUCAUGUCCCAAUCAUUGCACUUGACGGUCUUGAGCUGGC